AUGCCACAGGUCACAAAUCCCAUUCUUCCGGGCUUCAAUCCCGACCCGUCAAUCUGCCGCGUCGGCGAUGACUACUACAUCGCUACAUCCACCUUUGAGUGGUUCCCCGGUGUUCAGAUCCAUCACUCCAAAGAUCUCGCUAACUGGACUCUCAUCGUGCGUCCAGUGAACCGCAAGAGUCAGCUCGACAUGCGUGGUGAGCCUGAUAGCUGCGGUGUCUGGGCGCCCUGCCUGACGCACGAUGGAGACAAGUUCUGGCUCGUGUACACGGACGUCAAGCGCAAGGACGGUUCGUUCAAGGAUGCGCAUAAUUACAUCAUCACUGCGCCUGCUAUCGAGGGCCCGUGGAGUGAUCCCGUGUACGCUAAUUCCUCUGGCUUUGAUCCAUCGUUGUUUCAUGAUGAUGACGGUCGCAAGUGGUUCAACAACAUGACAUGGGACCAUCGUGCUCGGCCUCAUCUAUUCUCUGGUAUCUUUCUUCAAGAGUUUGAUCCUAAGCAGGGUAAACUCGUGGGACCGAAAAAGAACAUCUUCAAAGCAGAGGGCGGCACAGGCUAUACCCACGCCAUGACCCUAGCACGAUCACGCAGCAUCUGGGGCCCUUAUGAAGUCCAUCCUCAGAAACACGUCGUCACUUCAAAAGAUGCACCCAACGCAGCACUUCAAAGAGCUGGACACGCUGAUAUCGUGGAUACACCCGAUGGCAAGACCUACAUCGUGCAUCUAACCGGUCGCCCCGUCACUCAAAAGCGUCGUUCAGUCUUGGGUCGAGAAACAGCUAUCCAAGAAGCUUACUGGGGCGAUGACGACUGGCUGUACAUCAAGAACGGUCCUGUCCCAAGUCUUCACGUUGAUCUCCCCGCUGCACGCGAUGACACUGAAUACUGGAAAGAAAAGCGGUAUACCUUUACCGACAAACUCCACAUCGACUUCCAAUGGCUACGAACACCUGAACCCGAGCGCAUCUUCAACAUCAAGAACAACCAGCUUAGCCUCAUCGGUCGAGAGUCCGUUGGUUCAUGGUUCGAACAAGCCCUCGUCGCGCGUCGCCAAACGCACUUCUCCUACGACGCCGAAACAGUGAUAACCUACUCCCCCGACGACGAGCGCCAAUUCGCCGGUUUAACAGCCUACUACUGCCGCUUCAACUUCUUCUACCUAACGGUGACCGCCACGGCCGCCGGCCAGCGCGAGCUACAGAUCAUCUCCUCCGAAGAGUCAUUCCCCAUAGGCCGUCUAGAGCGUCCCUUUGCCGAGCCUGUUGAAAUUCCCAACGAGGGCAAGGUUCGACUUGCGGUUAGUGUUCGCGCGGGAAGCACGCUUCAGUUUUACUAUGCUCUUGAGGGGCAGGAGCUGAAGGAGAUUGGACCUGUGUAUGAUGCUUCGAUCUUGUCGGAUGAGUGUGGAGGACAUCCCAAGGAUGGAAGCUUCACGGGUGCGUUUGUGGGGAUGGCGUGUUCAGAUGUUAAUGGGCUUGCGAAGGAGGCGCAGUUUGAUUAUUUUGUGUAUAAGCCUGUGCAUGACAAGUUGGACCGGUAUGAGAUAUAG